AUGGCUCCCACCAAGCGCUCCUCCGGUUCAGCACCUCUUGCCCCAAAGCGCCCACGACUCCCAAAACGACCUGAAGAACAUGAAGAUUUACUGACUGACGAGUCUGAAAUAUCUUACCGAACAUUGACUCCACUGCCAGCCCGCACUCGGAGUAGUCAAUCGACCACCGCCGCUCAAAUAACUCGGAAAGGUCUUCUCCGUUCCUCCGAAACCCCCACUGGGAGGAGCAGUCCUAGGAGGGUAGAAUUUCAUCUCCCCGAGGACCAUACUGAUAAUUUUGAAGCGCAGGAGGAGCCUGAGGCAAUUGAGGCGCCAGAGGCAAUUGAGGCGCCAGAGGUGGAAGAAACUGUUGAUACUAGCCACUCAGACUAUGAUGAUGCUCCGGAGAAUGACCACGAGAGCUCUGAGGAGGAUGAGGAUGAACUGGAGGAUGAACCUCAAGCCCCACCCCCCAUCUUACACCCAGAAGUCUCAGACUGUCAGAAAGAGACCUCAUACAGUUCAGCCGACUACUGCCAGAGCACUGGGCAAUGCUCGGAGGAAACCAACUGGCGCGGUAGCGGAGGUCAUUGCUUCUUCCAACGUGUCGGUGGACGUGGUACAGGUUCGACUCUAUCUCGCUCAUUGAUGCUUUUUAACAUGCCCUCUGCACCUGUUUAUGCUCAUGAGUAUACCUCUUCUAAGCGCCAUAUCGAUUUUUCCUCGAUGCGCUCUCGAUACGGGGAGUCGUCCCCCACUUACCGGACAUAUCGUUCUUCACCGCCUAGCGAGGUAAUUGGCGAGAACUCUGUGAGCAGUCGUCAGAUUCCUUCAAGCCAACUUCACGGUCAAGGUAGAUCGCGAAGAGUCUACGAAAUCGAGUACCUUCCCUCAUCUAGGGAGGAGGACGAGAGUACUCCGAUGCCGGAAAGCGAGGGUAUUUUGAUUCCGGGAAGCGAGGUUAGUAUUCCGGAGGACACUCACGACGUCUUUGAGAACACUGGCGACAUUCCUUCGAGCCAAUUGACUCAGAGGUCUGUGGUCCCUAACUCUAGGAGUGCAAAUGUGCUGUCAGUGCAGGCUCAGAGGAUUGAGAAGGAGUGUAGCGUGUUAAUCGGGGAGCAUACUCUUCUACAUGAGCCCUUUCCACCUGCAGCAAGACUUUCGGUACUGGUAGUGAGCAUGUGGGCAACUGCUAGUCGCCGAGUGGGGUGUAGAGUAGACCUUGAUGAGGUCGUUAUUAAACAGGUCAGAAGUCUGCACUCCCGUAUCCGUUCCCACUUGAUGCACGAGGUGAAAGGGCGCCUGGCAGACUCUUCGAUAUACGGGCUUGGAAAUUUUGUGGGGCCUGAGGCGAGGGCGGCUCAAGUGGAAUAUCUUUUGAAGAAUGAUCGUUUCUUGAGCCCCCAACAGCAUUACGAGACCUACCGACUGCGCUUCCUGGCUCCGGAAAUUAUCGAUAUAUUGUAUUUUAAAUACUUUGAUGGGGUAAGAAUGCGAGGGGUUAGGGAUCCCGAAUUUCUAGAGCGGAUAACCCCUACCCUUAUUUGCCUGAUAUUGACGGCGAUCUGGCACGGCAUUCGGGCGUGGUCAACAGGGAGUUACGUGAAGCCUGAUAAUUUUCACUCGCAGAAUGAGAGUGUUGUGAAAACGUUCAACAGGAUGAGCAACACUUGGAAGGGGAGAAGUAAACAGAACCAGGAGGCAAUCUUGGAGGUAAUCAAAGAUAACCUUCGAGAAAAGAUACGAGAUAAAAAAGGGGUAACGAUUGAGAUUAUACCGGAGGAGGGUUUUAGCGAGGACGAUGAAGCUCUGGCUGCGGAUCUUGCCGCAUUCCGAGAUGCUCGGAGAACACCCACGAGUGCUCCAGGAGGUCGGGUUGAUUCCGACAGCGCCCAGGACGAAGUGAUUAAUGCCCGACUUCGCGGCAUUGACACCGAAGAGGAGGGGGAGGAGGAAGAAGAAGAGCCGGAAUUACCUGUAGCGGGGGAUUACGAAGGGGGGGGGGAGGAGGAUGUGUAG